GUAUUCCCCAAUGCGGGGCAUUGUCUUUACACCUAUCACAUCUCAAAAAAAUUGAAGAUGCGUUAUAAAACAGAAGCACAGGCAGUAAAGGAGGAGUUUUAUGCAGCAGCGAGGGCCCAUACAGUAGAGGAGUUCGAUAAGCAUAUAACACAUACAAAUAAGUUGAAUCAACAUGUGGUACCAUAUGUAGAAGAAAUUGGAUUUCAAAAGUGGGCAUGGGUUCACUGUCCCAAUAAUAGAUAUUUUACUAUGACAUCUAACUCUGCUGAGUCAAUAAAUGCUGCCAUACGAUCCGUCCAUGAUCUACCGAUAACACCACUACUAGAGGCGCUUAGAGAUAUGCAACAAAGGUGGAAUGUGGAAAACAAAGAUGAAACGAAGGACACUUUUACUCCUCUUGCAAAGAAGCCACAUAGGUGGUUGGAAACGAAUUACCAAAUGGCAGCAAGAUAUUCAGUGAGUU